CGUUUUUUAAAAAUAAAAUUUUUGACACUCCCUCUUUUGUAUUUUUCUCAUCUUCUUUUUGUGUAUUUCAUGGUCAAAUUGUACGAAAUUGGUCAGCCAUUUUCAAAUUACUUACCUGCACACAUACGUACACACAGUCACACACGUACAUAAUAAUUGAGUAAAAAAAAAAGAGGAGCAAAAAGGAGCAAUGGAGGGUGAAUUAUUAAGGAUUAUUAAAAAUAACGUGAAGGAGAUAAUUUUAAAUAACUUAUAAUAAUUAAAUGACAAAAUAUUAUUGUGGAUUUUAUAAUUUUAUUUUUUUUUAUAAACAAUUUCUGCAGUCAUCAUCAUAUUGUGCAGAGAAAAUUAUAAAAUUAUGUUAAUUAAUUGUAAUAUGUAUCCAGGACAAUUGACGAGUUAACGACAAAUAAUAAUAAAGUUAAUAAAAAAAUAAAAAACGUGGUGAAAAUUAAUCACAUACACAACAAAUUGUGUUAGUGAAACAACAACGACAAGCAAGUAUGUGUGUGUUUUUUAAAUAAAAAAAAAAAAAAAAAAAAAAUAGUUGACCAAAUAAAAAUGGUGAACUGUCAACACCUUCAAAAUAAUUCAGACAAUUAAUAACAGUACAUAAAUAAUUGAUUAUUAUUUGACAUAAAAAAUAAACCACAUCAUCAAAGUGAAAUUUUAAUACUAAUCAUUAUUUUAAAUAAUUAAAAUAUAAUUUUUAUUUAAAAUAUUUUUUAAAAUACCUAAAACCAAAGUGACAACAAAAAAAAUAUAAAAAUAAAAUUUUUAAUUAACUUAACCUAAAGAAUAUACAUGUAAAAAAAAAAGAGAAAAAAAAAAAUUUAAAAACAAAUCAUUGAAUAAGUUGAGACGUAACGAGACAAAUAUAAAAAAAAAAAAAAAAGAAACCACAAAAGGACAAUUUUAUAACGACGACAUAUAUAAAUAAAAGAUGUCGCUUUUAAUAUCAAAACGACAUCAACAUAAAUAAUGUUUAUUGAAUAAACAAAUUAAUAUAAAAAUAAUAAUAAUAAUAAAAUUAUUAUUAUUAUUAAUAAUUACCUAUAUAUUUAUUUAUAAUGGCAGAAAAUAAUGUUCAACGAAAAAUUCAUAAACCAAUACCAAUUGAUGGAAAUGUUGUAAGAAAAUUAACAGCACCAAUUCAUCGUACAACAAGUGAAACAAUACGAUUAAAUAAUAUUGGUGUUGUUGGUAAUAUAAAUGAUACAUCAUCAUCAGCAGCUGCAUCAUCAACAACAACAACAACAACAUCAACAGCAUCAUUAGAAAAAUCACAUUUAGCAUUGGAUCAGUUGGUACAAAAUGCUUCAUCAAUCAGUCAAACAUCACCAACAAAUAAUAUGUUAAUAAAUAAUAAUAUAAAUAAUAUAAAUAAUAAUAGUAAUACAAUUAUAAAUAAUAAUAAUAAUAGAAAAAAAACAUCGUCAUUUCAAAUAACAAGUGUAACUGUUGGUAGUCGUAUGAGUAAUGAUGCUGGUGAUGAUUCAAAUGAUGAUUUAGAUGAAUCACAUGGUGAAGAUAAUUCAGUUGAAUUAUCACGUAUUGAACAAACAGAUAUUGAAACACCAAGCUACUCAGAGGAUACAUUUUCAAAAGAAGAUGUUUUUUUUAAUUCAAGUAAUACAUCAAUUGGUACUGCACCAGUUAUACCAACAAGUUCACAAUAUGGCUUAGCAAUUGUAUCAUCAGAAAAUAAUAAUACAAAUAAUACAAAUAAUGAUAAUAAUAUUAAUACACUUGAUAUAACAUCAGUUACUGAUAAUAAUAUUAUUAAUUUAUUAUCAAGUAAUGUUAAACAAGAUAAUAAUGAUAUAUCAAUACGUGAUAGUGUACAUGGACAUGGUAGAAAUGAACGUUUUAAAGUUGUUAAAAUUGAAAGUACUGAACCAUUUAAACGUGGUAGAUGGACAUGUAUGGAUUAUUUAGAUCAUACAUCUGUUAAUAAUCAAACAAAUGUCAUAACAACAAAUAAAUUAUCUGAUCCAAAUGAAGUAUGUAUAUCAUAUGGUGUUACUGACACCGGUUUUGUACCAAUUGAUAAAUUAACAAAUAAUAAUACAAAUAAUACAAAUAAUAAUAAUAGUACUAAUCCAACAACACCAAUAAUUGUUGCACCAGUACCAAUUGUUGUUGGAGCAGCAUCAGCUACAACAGCAGCAGCAGCUCCAGCACCAACGACGACGACGACGAUAACAUCAACGACGACAACAACAGCAACAAAACCAUCAUCGUCGUCAUCACAAAUUAAUGAUGAUAUUAAUAUUGAUAUUAAUGGACAUAAUUCAAUUGGUCCAACAUCAACAACAAAUACUAAUUACAAUGUAACACCACAACAACAACAUAAUCAACAAACUGGACAACAAUUGCCACAAUAUUAUCAAUGUUCACAUCCAUCACAACAACAGCAACAACAACAACAGCAGCAGCAACAAGCAGCAACUCUCCCAACAAAUUUACAGACACAACAUCAAAAUAAUUUAGGACAACCACAGAGUAUGCCACAAGGAACAAUACCAAUUAUAAAUCAAUCAAAUAAUAAUAAUAAUAAUAAUUCAAAUGUUAAUCAACAACAAAAUAUUAAUCAUCAAAAUGAUGAACAAUAUGUUACAUUAACAUCACAAAAUCAAACAUUUCAAGGACAACAAAAUGUUUGUCCAUCAUCAUCACCAUCAACACAAUCAACAAAUAUUAUUGUAACGCAAAGUGCCUCACAACCAACUUCAACAAAUCAACAACAAUCAAUUAAUCAAUUGACUGAUAAUAUUCAACAACAACAACAACAACAACAGUCAAUACAAAAUAUUCAUCAGACAACUGGUCAAACAACAUCUAGUGUUAAUGGUGUUGAUCCUGGUAAUCAAGUUAAUCAAGUAUCAUCAACUGGACAAAAUCAAAUGACAACAAAUGGAUUAAAUGUUGGUAUUGGUGCUGCUGGUAGUGCUGGUGGAAGUGGUGGUAGUGGUGGUGGUGUUGUUAGUAGUAGUGGUGCUGGUGGUAGUAAUAGUAAUCAAACGAGAAAUAAUUUUGGUGUACGUUUUCCACAAGCAAAUUAUCCAAGUGGUAUACUUGGUAAAAUUGGAUUUGCACCAUCAUAUGCAGAGCAGGACUCUGUUGGUUUAGCUGCUGAUGCCGUACUACUUGAAUGUCUUGCUGAAGUCACACAAGCUGCUGAAGAUCCAAAGAUACUCGAAAAUAAUGAAAAUAUAUCGGGAAUUGGUGCUGUAGCAAUUGACAACAAAAUUGAACAAGCUAUGGAUUUAGUAAAGAGUCAUUUAAUGUACGCUGUACGAGAAGAAGUCCAUAUAUUGAAACAAAAAAUAACUGAAUUAACUGAUCACAUAAGUUUACUUGAAGCUGAAAAUACAAUUUUAAAAGCUCAUGCAAGUCCUGAUAUUCUUGCACAAUUAAAUUCAUCAACGACGAAAUUAUCACAAAAUAAUUCAACAAAUGGACAAUAGACAAUUAUUAAAAUGCAAAAUAUAAUCUACUCUCGUUGUAAAUAAGUUUCUAUAUAAAAAAAAAGAAAAGAAAAAAAAAAACAAACAAAUUCAUCAUUCUAUAAAUAAUUAUAACAAGUGUAUAUAACUUUACGAUUUUUAGAAGUUUAUAAAUAAUGAGAUUUAUUAUUAUAUAUAUUAUAACACAACACAGACACACUAGUAUUAGAAACGAGAAUAAAAAAAACAAAAAAGAUAUAACAAUUAAACAGAAUUUUUUUUUUUUCUUUUUUUAAUCACAAUAAUUAUUGACGGUCAUUGAUAAUUAAAUUUCUUGUUUUUUUUUUUGUUUUUUUUUUUACCGUUUAGUCUUGGUUAUUGCGAUAAUGUAUUUUUUGUUUUUUUUAAAAUAUUAUUUUUUAUUUUUUAUUAUUUUAAAUAAAUAAUCCAUUAACUGUUACUAAUUUUUUAUUUUUGACCAGAUAGAAAUUAUCAUCACUAAUAGUACUAAUUAUUUUUUGAAAAUAUAAAUUUAUAAAAAUUGACAUUGUGAUUAAUUGACGAGGUGAUAAACCUAUAAUUGCAUUAAUUAUUUUAUAUGUUAAUUGAGAUUGAAUUGUGUACGAGUAUAAAUUACAAGAAAAAUAAAAUUUUUAAUUGUAAAAAAAGCAACGUCACGAUAAUGGAAAGAAAAAAAUCGAAACAAAUUAUUCUGUCGAAAUUUUGUUUUUUAUAAACUUUAUUUUAUUGUCAUUUGUGGAUAAUUGUAAAAUUUUGUGAAAAUAAUAUUGUAUACCCGAUAAAUUUGUCCAACAAAAUACAAA